UUCCUUCGUUACGACAGUCAAUCCGCAAGUGGUCAGUGGCAAAAGGAAAAGCAAAAAGUAACGCCGGACCUAAAGAAAGCGGGAGAGAUAAUGUUUUAAACGUCGCGGCAAAUUCUCCCCACUUCUCAGAGGGACGCACACAAUAGAGAGACGCGUCAUUCGAUCCGGCCUGUAGUGUUACGUGCGUACGCGACGUUGAAUGAGUGACGUAACCUAAAUACAAAUAUCGCCUAUCAGCGAAUAAAGUUGAUUAGAGCAUUGGUCUGUCGGAAAAACGACAGAAACGACACAUAAACACGUUCUUUCUUAUAUUUCCAUGUGCAUUGAUUUGCCUCAUAAAGAUACAACUCCAAGAGUAUCGUGUUAACAUCUCGUAAACGGUCGCGGAGGGUUGUGUUCUUUGUGUUGAGAAAACUGCGUGCCGGUCAUUUGAACUUUUUUAUUAACACAAGGAAGAAUGGCGGAAGAUUGCAUCGAUGGUGAUUAUUUAGGAGAGUACAGCCGCUUUUUCACUGAAUUCAUCUCUAGGGUGAAACCGCAUGAUCAGCUGCCAGUUUCAGUCAGCUCAUAUAAUGUGACCAAAGCCGAGAUGGUCGGUGAGAUCAUCAACAUAACUCUACAGUACCUCAACACGACGCAAUGUCCACCAAGUUUACAAGCACACUUGGUUCAUCAAGUAGUACAAGAAAUUGAUUCCAUGUGCAAAAAACAACCAAAAGAUUGUGGAUUUAAAUCAGAAGAGAAAGCAUAUACUUCGUUAAGAUUAAUGCAAGCUGUUAUUGCUAAAGUUAACGAAAUAUGUACUCGCUAUUUGGACAAUAGUAGAUUGGCAUUAUUGCCACCUCCUCCUUGUACACCACUACCGCAAGUAGUAGCUGGUGGAUACAAAAAUUGUAGAAGAUCAAUGGAAGACCGCUAUAUGGUUUUACAUGAUCUACACACUACAUUUGGUAUUAAGGAUGACUUUAUAGUAAAUUACUAUGCAGUAUUUGAUGGGCAUGCAGGACAAGAUGCAGCUGUGUACUGUGCUACCCAUCUUCAUCAGUAUUUAACAGAAAGUAUAUAUUAUCCUACCAAUCCAGAGGCUGCCUUAUAUCACGCGUUCAUCAUUACAGACACACAGUUUGGAGAAAAGUACAAGACACAAAAAGUAUGUGGUGGAACUACUGCAGUCUGCACUUUAAUAAUGAAUAAAAAAUUAUAUGUUGCCUGGGUAGGAGAUUCCCCGGCUAUACUAAUAAAACGCGACAGUAUUGUUCAAUUAGUGAAUCCUCAUAGACUUAAUCGUGAAGAUGAAAGGCAGAGAAUAGAAAAAAUGGGAGGUGUAGUGAUACAAACUAUGGGAACUCUAAGAGUCAAUGGAGAAUUGAGCGUGUCUAGAGCAAUAGGCGAUGUUCUUUACAAACCCUUCGUGACUGGCAAUCCAGAAGUUGACUCUGUUACUUUAGACGGCACCGAGGAUUUCCUGAUUCUUGCCACCGAUGGAUUAACCGAUCACCUGGAACCUGCGGAAAUACUGACUAUCCUUUACCAUGAGAUACGACGAAAUCCGAACGUCGGAUUGAAUCGCGCCCACCACAUCCUGCUGCAGUGGGCAAAGUACGCAGGAUCAAAGGAUAACAUCACGGUGAUCGUGGUCCUGUUAACGCCAGCCAGCGAAAUCGCAGCAAGGCCCAGAUACGUCCAUCCGUACUACCUUCCGAAAGUGAAUGAUAUACUGGAGGAAAUGAACUCGAAGGAUAAACCGGUGCAACGGGACAUCGAGUACGCGCACAACGCGAUCAAGUCGAACGUCCUUAAACAGACGAUGAUCUCGCAAGAUCCGUGCGAUCACGAGGACGCCGACAUCCUGGAGGCGAGCAACGGGAAACACGAGAACGGUGACGCUGACUAUGACUACUCGGACCUGGGACCGGAGACGAACGUCGACGCCAUCGACGACGUCCCGACGAUGACCGUGAAAAAUCUCUCCUAUGAAUUCUACAAGAACAACGACGACGACGACGACGACGAUGACGACGACGACGACGAUGACCACGGACUCGACAAAGACUCUAACCUCAUGGACGACAUGGACGUUGACGAAUCGACCAACGACGUUGCUCGUCAUCCGUUCAUGGAUAACAAUCUGCACGAACACGAGGACGAAAACGAUGAAAUUAUUGCACCCAAAGUGGUCCAGGACGAAGCUCCCGAGAGGAUCGACCAGGAACUUCGAGAAGAAAUAAGCAACGAAGUUCGUAGAUCCUUCGAAAAGAAUCUGGAUCAAGAAGAAGUGUUAAUUAAGAAAGACGAUCAGAUUGAGGAUUCGCGGGAUGCGGUGGACGAGGCUGGACCGAUAGACUAUGACGACUCUCCACCAUCGCCGCAGGCUAACAAACCUCUUCAGCAUGCACUGAUCCAGGAAGCGGAUAAUGUAGCGGACAGCGAGGAUUCCGAGGACGAGUGGAAUUACUAUCGCGUCGAUCCUAACAAGGAGAAAGAUUCCGCUGCGCCCGUUGACGAGGUGCAGGAACCAAGGAACGAGGAGGACGAAAGUGAGAGCCCGAAACUUGCUGUAGAAGAAGAAAGCGAGUGUCCAAAACUUACUGUAGAAGAAGAAAGCGAGAGGCCAAAAAUUACUGUAGAAGAAGAAAGCGAGAGUCCAAAACUUGCUCUAGAAGACGAGCCGAAAAUCCAGUCUGAGAAAAUAGAGGAAGAAAUUAAAUGCGAAGGUCCGACAGAGGAGUUACCGGAGCUUAUUAACACAGAGAUUAGCGCCCAGGAGGACAAAGCAAAAGAAUCAGAAUCAGAAGAAGAGAAAGAGGAAGAAAAAGAAAAAGAGGAGGAGGAAGAGGCCAAGCUUUCAGUAGAAGAACAAGACAAAUCAAAAGCUAUGGAUUUUCCGCUGAAUCCUGACGCGGCCGAGUUCGUACCAGUCUCGCCGCAGUUCACGGGAACACCGAUGAAUCUCGGAGAUUUUCCCGUUUCUGGCUCACCUUUCAAGCAAGUCUCACAGAUGGACGACAUACAAGUGCCCACCCAGAGUGAGUUCGAGAAAGAAGUAUGCCAGCGACCAAGGGAGGUCGAAAGCGAGGAUAAAGAAUACCAAAACGGGGACCAGGUUCAGCCAAACACCGAUCUUGUGGACUACAUGAACGAUCGACAGAAGGCAGCUAGUUUCAUCAACACUUUGGACGACUCUGAGAUCUCGUCGACGAAGGCAGAAUACGGCGACACGUCCGUCAGCUUUUUAACAACAACGGAAUUUCAUAGAACAGGGAUAUCCGCGGUGGAUGAGUCGUUCUCGAGCUCCGAGCGCGACUAUGACAUCGCCAAAGACCCCAUGGCUAUGUCGUUCACACCUAGCGACCUUCAAGCGGCUUUCGAUAAUAAAAGUGUUGAUCUAAACGCCGUUCACAAUCUGAGCAAUUCCGAUUUGGAUGAGAAGAACGGCAGUAUGCAGAAAGAGGACGAGGAGGAGGAGGAGGAGGAAGAAGAAGAAGAACUUACGAGUAAAUCACCAGAGCCACAACUUGGAACUGCGAAUAAUUUGGAAUCCCACGAAGAUGAACAACUACCGCGCGAACCAGUGGUCCCCGAAGAGUCCGCGGAGCUCGUGAACCUGUCCUUGCAACAAGAGGAGAGCGAAGCCACCUUCAUCGAGCACACGGACAAACCACAGCCACUUACCGACUUUUUAAGCUUGCAAACAGAGUCUUCCCCGAUUGAGCAACAAGAAAUCUCAAAGGAAGAUCAUUCUCCUUUGACAGAGAAUUAUUCUGGAGAAUUUGAAUCGGAAAAGGAACCUAUUUCCGUCGAUAACGAACAACCUCUGUCGCCUUCCAGCGUCGACAUAGAUGAAACGAAGCCUAUCGACGAGGCCAGCGAGGAUGCCGCUCUUCCAUCAAGCGAUCUACAGAGGGAAGCUUCUACGAAAGAAACCAAUACACCUUCCUCCUUGUCGCCAAUCCCAGACGUGAUAGACAGCGAAGUCCUGGCUUCGGUGGACGACACAGAUAUUUCUCAAACACUAACGCAGUUUUCGUUGCACGCGGAUGCUCCGGAAUUCACACCAAAGGAGCAGUACAACUACCACCUGUACGAUAUGGAAACUCGCGAAGUUUGUAGAUCUCCAAUAGAAACCGAAGACAUUUGUCAAACAUCACCCAUGCAGGCUAGCGACGUUUAUCAAGCACCUCCUGUUGAAAGCUGUGUGUAUCAGCCAUAUUCUACGGAAGCUGGCGAUGCUUUCGAAGCUAGCCAAAACUUGCAGCAUUUCAGUGCGGAUAUCCAACCCGAAGAGAAAGAGAAGAUCGUUGAACCCGUAGCCACAAAACCAACAGAAGGAAACUUGUUAGACUUUACCGAAGAACGACAAGAAGAGGUUUCUGUGAAAGAUCAAAUAGCGGGCGAGUUAACGCCACCUCUUUCUCCUCACGAAGUUGAAGAUAAAGUGUCGGAAAACAUGGAGGAUCUCCUUUGUCCUAUGCAGCCUACCAAACCAAAGGUUGAGGAAAUCGAACCAAAGGAGGAGGGUCCGAUGGAAGCAGAUGUUUUGGAAACCAAGCCAGAGGAAGAAAUUGAACCAGCAAAGGAAGCUGGUCUGAACUUGUCCGAAUCCAUGCAAGAAUUCACUGGGCUGGAGCAACAAUUACAGCCUAAAGCAGAAGAAGUUCCUGAACCGUGCGUUGUACCAGAAGUUCAAGAGGAGAUCCCGCAGAAAGAGGAACCGAAAGAGCAGAUAGAGCCAGUGCAGCAACCUGUAGAAUCUAUAGUCGUGGAAGGGGAAUGCAAAGUAGAGGAGAAGAAGGAAGUUGAACAAAUUCCUUCAUUAAUGCCAGAACCUGAAAUAGAGAAGGCUGUAGAAGCCGUAGAGACUGUACCGGCCACUGAGGCUACGGAGACUGUAAAAGUCGAGGAAGCCUCGGAAAAUAAAAUUACAGAAACAGCUACGGUUGCAGCUGCGGCAGCAGCUGCAACCGCAGUCGUCGUGGCAGCUGCGACUACGACACAGAGCAAAGCGAAGACCAAAACUACCACUAAACCAACGAAGACAGCGACUUCAAAAACGACUACGUCGAAAUCCACGCCGACAUCUCCAUCGAAAGCUGCAAUCUCCUCGCCAAGAACGUCUUCUACGACAGCAAAGAAGUCGACGACGACCACGGCGUCUCGUCCAAAGGACCUAGAUGCUCCUAAGAAAUCUACGGUCUCUAGCACGGCUCUCAAAACAUCAACUCCGAAAGCUGCUUCUAAAGUAACCGCCACCGCUUCCGCGCCAAAGCUAACAGCCAGGACAAGCACCGGCGCUGCGGCCAAAUCAAAAGCCACAACAGUCUCAAAAACGACCACCACUGAGAAAAAGGCUACGGCAAACGGCGACGUGAAACCUCUCAGCAAACCAGCCGCGUCCAAACCUCCCAGCAAGACAUCAUCCGCGACCAAGACCACGCUAGUCAAAGCAUCGACCACGCGAACGUCCACUGGAACGACGACAUCUAAACCAAGACCCGCUACAGCCACCACAAACACCAAAACUAACACUACUGCCAAAUCCUCCACAAUGACAACGACCACCGCGAGCAGCGCCAGACCUAAAACAGCGCCAUCCGCAGGAAGCACGACGAAGAUGACCGCUCGUACGUCCACCUCGAAGGCCCCCAUGAUCGACAAGCAAGUGAAAGAAACGGCCAACAAACAAAUCUCAAUGGCACGCACGAGUACCGUCGCUAAGACCCGUCUGUACACCGCCAGCAGCACCACCACAACAGUGAAACGCGCGUCCUCUACAACGAAAACCUCUACGGCAGCAUCUCCGAUCAAAAAGACCACGACAGUGACAAAAGUGUCCGGUAAAACGUCCACAGGCGCUAAGACGCCAACCGAGAAAGGGAAGGUCCUUCAAAAUGGCGUCUCCGAAAAAGUAGAGAUCAACACGAUCAUCGACGACGUACCCAAGAAGGAUCUCUCUCCUGUAAUCGCUCCGAACGACAACCAACUGAUCAUGAGCUCUGAUUGAAUGAUCGGCGAUAACCGGGGUCGGGUUCGAUCUUUAGUUUUUAUGUCGCUCGCCGAUUAAAAUAAAAAAAGUCAUUCUUCGCGAAAUAGGAGCAUGUGGAUCCACUAAGAAGUAGUUGAUUAGGGAUUAUAUAACAAACCGGAAGAAAUUUUUACUAUAAUUAGCGUAAACUAUGAAAUAUAAUAUAUUAAUGUGUAUAUGUACCAGUUAAAAGUAACGAAUCCGUUUAUAUCUGUAUUGGCGGGAUGCGAGAGUGAGUGGUUAGAACGAAUGGUUGCGAGUGAAUAAGAGGGAGAGAAUGCACGCGUAAGAAAGAACAUAACCUAAAAAACAAAAACAAAAUAUAUAUACUAUAUCGCUUUUUGACUGCUUCGGUCGUCUGGAAAUAUAAAUCGUGUCUCGCUGGAAGAAGGAAGUUGGAGGACGAAAGACAGGAAGAGAGGAAAAGAAUAUCGAAGAUUGUUUCUGUAAAUAAAUUGGACGCGCGUUUCCAAGUGGUCUCCAAGAUUCGGGAGAUGUCCAGGUGGUGCUGUUAACUGGCCUGUUAAAACAACAGAAGUUGAGCAAAAGAAGCAGGUCCAACGAGAAGCCGGAAGAUAGAAGAAAAAAAAAAGAUAAUAAUUCAGGUUCCAGAGGGAGAUGCGUUGACCGUGCGAGUCGAUUUCUUAAUAUUAAUUCUUAAACGUAAAACACACGAAGCUGGACGGUCUUUUUAUACUUUUUAAUUUUAUAUGUGCAUUAUAUUUGAUAAUGAUUAAUCGCCGUACGUUUUAUGGAGCAGAACUUACAACACACAAACACGAACACAUACACACGUACCUACGGUGACAAGGAGGACACGAACACUUCCACACAUGCGAAUGAUAAGUACCAUAUAUAUUUAUUUUUUCUUUUUUGUUUGUUCCUAUUCCGAAGUUGAGUAUACUGCGAGAGAAUAUUAAAAAGAAACUCGACAUUAAUUGAUACCAUUCUUAUGUAUUCUCUAUUCAUCUAUGUACAGCACUUUUAUGAGUUAAUGUGAUACAAUAUUAUAUUAAAUAAAGUUCGAACAAGUACGAAAUAAACAACUUAUAUCUGUACGAGAGAAAGAGAGAGAUAAAAAUCACUGGAUCGAAAUGAUUAAAAGGCAGAUAGAUUAUCGGAGAGAAAGGAACCGGAAUUGGAGGGAGGAAGUAGAUUUCCCCCUUGUAGGAUCAUUUCGUUUGCCAGUUUUUUAAAAUGUGACUGAUUUUUAAACUCCGACAACAAAUAUUCGAUCUUUACUGCUAACUAAACGAUACGAAUAAAGAAACUGAGAGUUUAUAAAUAAUUGUGACCAAACCACAGUUUACUACCAAAAAGAAAUGAAAAAAGAAAAGACAAAAAAAAA